AUGUUACAGAAAUCAUUCAGCUACUAUCGUGCUCAGACUUUGUCGGUCAACCAAACACUCGAUGACUGCAUAUCCCAGUUCAUACCUAUAGCUCGAUCAAUCACCGAGUGCACGAAGCGAAUAAGAUCUCGCUCCACUACGUUCAGGUGCCCAACCCGACUCACGGAGCCCGCCAAACACAAUCUGGGGUCACAGCGCAAACAAGACGCAAAUGCCUGGGCAGCUAUAUAUAUGAAGGGCAAUCUAGUAGGCCACCUCACCACCACAUACCCAGCUUUCUCAGCACACUUUUCUCAUCUACAUCUUUUCAGCAUGCUCGAAGAAGGAAUUUACCUUAUCCACUGUGUCGAGGGUAACAGGGGACUAGUAGUGCCUCCAGGUGCCCCAAUCAUGUCGCCCGUCGAAUGCACUUCUCAUGCUCAGGCCUCUGAUAUUCACGUUCGACGCGUAGGCAAUGCAUAUGUACUCCGCCCUGUGCAAGCUCCCCCAGUUCCCGGAGGUAUAGUUCUUGGUGCCCACGACAACGCCGACCCAGAAAUGGUUGUUCUGGCCCCAUCUGGAGUAGAGUUUAUGUAUACUGAGUGGGCUAUUGAGCAUAAUGGCGAAGACUCCGAUGGCAACAAGAAAUACGAAAUCCAUACGACCUCGGGUCCUGGCAACCAGUACUGGACCUCGACAGGCGAAGGCACACCGAUUGUGCUCCGAGGCUCGGAGGGCAAGGAGAGCCAGCAGUGGGUGCUCAAGAAGAUACAGUGA